ACAGACGUCAUCGGCGGAGGGAUAGAUAGCUGUAAUAGACAGAACAGAGAGAGCAGUGCAGGCAGAGGACUACUAGCACUAUCCGCAGCGGACAGAAAGUGGAGUGCGAAAACUCUCGAAACGACAGCUUGCCGUAUGCCAAUGUGCAAAAUUAUACAGUUUCGGUAGAGGCCAAGGGAUCGAGAGUCAGUCGCAGAAGAUUCGAGCUUCGGUCAUCUGAAAGAGGAGUGUAUAAAGAUGUCGUCUCCAAGUCCGGGCAAAAGACGAAUGGACACCGACGUGGUGAAGCUUAUCGAGAGUAAACAUGAAGUCACAAUCCUGAGUGGACUCAAUGAAUUUGUAGUGAAGUUUUAUGGACCACAAGGAACACCGUAUGAAGGGGGCGUAUGGAAGGUGCGAGUAGAUCUUCCAGACAAAUACCCCUUCAAAUCGCCCUCUAUAGGAUUUAUGAAUAAGAUUUUUCAUCCGAACAUCGAUGAAGCGUCAGGGACAGUGUGUUUAGAUGUGAUCAACCAGACAUGGACCGCUCUUUAUGAUCUCACCAAUAUCUUCGAGUCGUUUUUGCCACAGUUGCUGGCCUACCCGAACCCCAUCGACCCUCUGAACGGAGACGCCGCAGCCAUGUACCUACACCGACCAGAGGACUACAAACAGAAAAUCAAAGAAUACAUCCAGAAAUAUGCAACAGAGGAGGCUCUGAAGGAGCAGGAGGAAGGAGCGGGCGACUCCUCUUCAGAAAGCUCCAUGUCUGACUUUUCAGAGGACGAAGCUCAGGACAUGGAGUUGUAGUUAAGGGUGACCGUUUCCCCCCUUUACCACAGAGACUAUAUUAUUUCCUAACCAUGCGAAGCAGACUAUAAAAGAUUCAUAUUUAAACAAGGUGAAUUUUUUUUUUUUUUAGCAUUAUUAUUAUUAUUAUUACUAAACCAGGAUUUGUAUGGAUAUCUAGCGUUGAUGAUGAAUAUGGCACCCUCUGUAGGUGUUCUAUCUCCACUUCUCGGUGGGUUUUUUUUCUCUCUUUCGCUCUCUCCGUCACCCCAACAAAAGAAAGGCUUGUAGAGUUUCCCCCCUUGAUUCCAUGUUGGUAUCUGCGUAGCUGGAAUGCAUGUCAUGGCCUCCCUUAUCCACCUUUUUCUGACGCAGACUGACCAGACAGAGGCCGGGGGGGUGCCCUUUUUUUUUUUGUGAUGUUACUUAACUGUGUCCAUGAUGAUCUGAUACAUGAAUCCCCUCGGCUUAGACCUUUUUCCAGGACGGUCUUCAGAUGGAGUUGUUGCAGAUGAAUCUGACACGUUUUGCCUCAUUACUUCCCUCAACCUCAACCGUUUGAUCGAUCCCUUUCAAUCAUCCCAGUGCAAGUAGUUUUGAAUUAUAGAUGUUUUCUCGAUUGUCCUAUGUUUAUUUUUUUUACUUUUCAUAUGUUUGUUUACUCUAACUUUAAGAUAAAAUCUCUUUAGAGGAAUUCCUCUUCUUUUUAUUUUGGUCUCACCUUGAGGGGAAAGUUUCCAGGCUGUAUGUUAAAGCCAAGCAUCAGGAUUUUACAAAACGCUGCUCACCGAUCAAGCCCACGAUACAGCGCCAGCGGAAAAUAUCAAUACGACUCCCUUUAAGCUCUUGUUUUUCUUUUUUUUAUAAGAAGAUGUAGGUGUAGAGGCAAGUCCACCGAAGCUCAACUUUACUUUACUUUUCCACUAGCUCGACGUUUCUGGCUUUUGUUCCCUCUUUGUGGAAGCCCCACACCACAAAACGUGGCUCAACGCUGUGUGACCUUCACGAAACGACCAGGAAGUGACUGUCCUGCUUUACAGAGCACAAAUCUUUUAUUUUGUACCAACAAUGUAUGCAUAGUGUUUUGUCUUUUUCCUCUUUUUGUCUCGCACCCUCUCUCUUUACGAGCAUCUUUUUUUGUACAUUUGCUGUAUGAUGCAGAAGCGGAGUCAUGUAGGACUUUGUUGGUCUAGCCGAAAAGAAACCUUAAAG